AUUUACUUACUUUACUUUAUUGAUAUGGACUAUAGUUUUAUUAUUUACAUUUAAUUGAUAAUUUAUACAAUUUGCCUUAAUACCAAUAGAAUGGCUGAACACGUCGAUAAACCAAAAAUUGUUAUAUUUGGAGGUGUUGGCUUCAUCGGACGUAACAUAUUAGAUUUCUUGGUCACCAAUCAACUGGUGUCUAAAGUGAGGAUCGUAGACAAAACUCCGCCGCAAACUGCCUGGCUGAAUAAGCACCAUCAGACCAUUUUUCAAAGCCCCCUGGUGGAGUUCAAAAGUGCGAACUUGAUUCAUCAAGGUGCUGCGGAACUUUCAUUAGAAAACGAGAACUUUGACUAUGCAAUCAACUGUGCGGGAGAGACCAAGCCAGGACAGACUGACCAAGUUUAUGAGGAAGGUAUUUAUAAGGUCAGCAUGAACUGUGCCUCAGCAGCGGCGAAGCACGGGGUCAAACGCUACCUGGAGAUAUCCUCAGGACAAAUGGACUCCAACGACAAGGUGAAACACAAAGAGACUGAUCCUGUGAAGCCGUGGACCAAAAUAGCCAAGUACAAACACCAGGUGGAGUGUGACUUGAAGACAGUUCUCGGACUAGAGUACGUGAUCCUUAGACCUGCAAUAGUCUACGGGCUGGGAGACAAAACUGGUUUAGUUCCUAGGUUGGUACUGGGUGCCACCUACCAGCAUCUAGGAGAGAGCAUGAAGCUGCUGUGGUCGCGCGACCUUGUGAUGAACACUGUACACGCUAGAGACGUUGCGCGAGCUGUGUGGCAUCUGCUGCAUCGGCCAGACUCGUCCGGACUAGUUUACAAUCUCACUGAUGACGGCAACACCACACAGGGAAGUGUCACUGAAAUCAUCUCCGACUUAUUCAACAUCAACUACGACUAUUACGGCAACGUUGUAUCCACUAUUUGCAAGGUGGACAUGUCAAUGGUGGUGGAGGAGGCCAAUGAUAAACACAUGGGGCCGUGGGCUGAGCUGUGCAAGCUGUGUGGAGUGGAGAAUACUCCCCUCAGUCCCUUCAUCCACCAGGAGCUUCUGGAGGACAAACACCUCAACCUCAGCAACGCUCGGCUCAAAGAGACAGGGUUCACUCUCUCGCAGCCAUCAGUAACCAAGGAAGCUCUCAUAGAGAUUAUGGACGACUAUAUCGAUAUGAAGAUGUUCCCCUCUUCUCGAGCCACAUAACAGUUGUUGAACCUCAAGAAACCAGGGUUACCUAAUCUACGUUUGCAAACAUUCCAAAGAUUUGCCAUGUACUAUAUUGUAGUGUGUAAGUUUUUGAACAGGGCUUUCAGAACAUGUAAAAGUAUUUUAUCAUCAAAAAUCAACGUAAAACAUCA